GCUCCAGCCUCUCGCUUCAGUUGGUGUUGGAGUCGCCUACAGGAGAGACCAACCGUGCGGCAUGGCAGCCUGAAACCAUAGGGAGGAGAAAAGGAGGGAGGGAGAAAAGCGGCAUAUUUUUUUUCUCCUCUCUCUCUCUCGAGUGCUUUUUUCUCUCCGUAAAACCGACUCAAACCUGAACGGACUGUAUGUGGACGCGUCGCGGAGACGAGCACAGUGGAUUGUACCCGCUUUCCGUGGAUAAAACAGGACUUUAAUUUGAGGAGAGGGCUCAUGGAUCGAUGGGAGAAGACGAGCAGCCAGAGAGAGAAGCUCCCCCGCUGACAUAAGAGAGUGAGGAGAUUACAGUAGAAGCUCAGAGGAGGCGAACACCAACACACGGGCUCUCUCCUGCUGCCUUCACAGCCAUGAGCAGGGCGCUCAUGGACCACAUCGCCAGUAGUUUCCGCGAAGAUGCUCCUCGACCCCCGGUGCCCGGGGAGGAGGGCGAGGCGCCCUGCUACCCCGCCAAACUCGCAAUGAUGAAAACCGCGGGACCCACCAAAUCGGUUCUGCUCGGCUCUCCGGGUUCCUCUGCGAGGAGGAACGAGGAUGGUCUUGGGGAGCCAGAGGGGAGCGCCUCCCCGGAUUCGCCGCUCUCCCGGUGGACAAAGUCUUUGCAUUCUCUCCUCGGGGACCAGGACGGCGCUCUUCUUUUUAGGACAUUCCUGGAGCGAGAGAAGUGCGUCGACGCGUUGGACUUCUGGUUCGCCUGCAAUGGCUUCAGACAAAUGGACCUCAAGGAUACUAAAACGCAGAGAGUCGCCAAAGCAAUUUACAAGCGCUACAUUGAAAACAACAGCGUUGUCGCCAAACAACUCAAGCCCGCGACCAAAACCUUCAUACGGGAUAAUAUCAAGAGGCAGCACAUCGACUCUGCGAUGUUCGACCAGGCGCAGACCGAGAUCCAAACCAACAUGGAGGAGAGCGCGUACCAGAUGUUUCUCACCUCGGACAUUUACCUGGAGUACGUGAGGACGGGCGGAGAAAACCCGAACCACGUCAACCCCAACGGGUUGGGCGACCUUAAAGUUGUCUGUGGAUACCUGCCCACGCUGAACGAAGAGGAGGAGUGGAGCUGUGAUUUCAAAGCCAAAGUGCUGGUUGGGCUGUCAGCGAAAGUGCACAGGGCCCCCGUGUCCAUGAGGACAGUGGAUGUGAUGGAGAAGGGAUACAGAUCGUACAAGAGGGGAGACUCGCUCAGCUCUUGCCACAUGGGCUCCUUUGCCCCUGUCAGCAGCACCAACGACAGCGAGGUCUCCAGUGAUGCUUUAACAGACGACUCCAUGUCCCUGACAGAUAGCAGUGUAGAUGGCAUUCCUCCAUAUAAACUGGGCUCCAAGAAACAGUUGCACAGAGAGAUGCAGCGCAACAUGAGGAUGAACAGCCAGGUCUCCCUGCCUGCUUUCCCUCGCACUCGAUGUCCUCCCAAGGAGAUGGUCCCAAUGGAGCCAGCGCAGUUUGCUGCUCAGCUCAUCUCUCGCCUGGAGAGCCUGAAGAGAGAGCAGGACACCAUCAGCUCUCUGGAAGAGAGGCUGCAGCAGAUUAAGGAGGAGGAAGAAAGAGAAGAUGCAGAGAUCGUGGGAAGUGCUCCUCAGCUCUCCCCCCACCCCUUGACCCUCCUGUCUGGCUCCUCUGACGAGGACCCCCAAGCCAUCCUGGAUGAACACCUCUCCCGUGUCCUGAAGACCCCCGGCUGCCAGUCCCCAGCUGUCGUCCGGCAUUCACCUCGCUCCAGCUCCCCAGAGCACAGGCCCUUUACACGGGCUGGGUUUGGAAUUAAGGCCCUGGUAAGAACUGGGCUACCCAGUUCUUCUGUCUCUAGUCCAGAACUAGGGUCGGUUACGCUGGCCUUGGGUCCCAGCAGGACCCUUGUCACCAGGCAGAGCACGAAACACAUCCACCACCACUACAUCCACCAUCAUGCCAGUCCCAAGUCAAAAGAGCAGAUAGAGAGAGAGGCCGCCCUCAGGGUGCGUGGCUUGUGCUCCAGUAGUGGAGAGUGCCCACCGUGCCAGUCUUAUCCACGCAGCCGCAGCCUGGGCAGAGAGUCAUGUGGAGCAGUUUCAACAGACAGCAGUAUGGGACGGUCCAGCUCUUUAUCCAGGCGUUUGUGUCAUUCGGGGGCUGAGGAUGGAGUUACAGAAACGUCUACAGAGGACUAUGGGCUGAUACAGCUGCCCAGUGACAUGACAGAUCCCACCCAAAAUGUGUUGCAGUGGAUCCUGGAAAGUAAACAGCGGGGAAGACAUAAGUCUCACAGUUCUCAGAACACCAAGAAAUCCUUUGGAGCCUCUUCCACCCAGACACACACAUGGGGUGGCGGAGGAAGCUGUGGCCACCUACGUAGCCACCAGCCAGCACAGCCAUUCAUCCAAGACCCUGCCAUGCCCCCCCUGCCCCCUCCCAACACUUUGGCCCAGCUGGAGGAGGCCUGUCGCAGGCUGGAGGAGGUCUCCACCAAGACCACCAAGCAGAGGCAUUCAGUUUCCAGUCUCCAGCGAGAGAAGAGCCACCUAGUGCCUGUCCAGGGUGGGGGGUCCGUCCCUCUGGCCAACCCCAGCCCCACUGGUCCCUCAGCCAGUCCUGGUCUCCAAUCAGAAGAGGUGAAGGAGUGUAAGAAGGGUUUAGGAAGCCAUGGGGUGUGCAGUGGCGAGACAGUGGUGACAUAUUUCUUCUGUGGUGAGGAGAUCCCCUACCGGAGGACCAUGAAGAGCCACAGUCUCACCCUGGGCCACUUCAAGGAGCAGCUCCGCAAGAAGGGCAACUACAGGUACUACUUCAAGAAAGCCAGUGACGAGUUUGAGUGUGGCGCGGUGUUUGAGGAAGUGUCAGAUGACGGCGCCCUGCUGCCAACAUACCAGUGCAAGAUCCUGGGCAAGGUGGAGAGGAUGGAGUGAGACCGUGCUGCUGCUCCCCACACCGUGGAAUUAACUCGCACCAAUGCUAUGGAUGUAGUCCUUCAUACCCUGACACACACACACAGCACAUGUGUCUUUAAAGCUAAGACUGCAGGAAUGGAGAUUGUUGAGGUUUGUGCAAAUGGACUGGAAGAACAAUGGAGAGGAGGAAAACAAAAAAAAGGAAGGAGCACUUUGCAGGACUAUCAGCCUGCGCUGAAGUUAAGAAAAUCUGUGUCGCUGGACUGAAACGUCUCCAUGGUUCCAGAAGAGAAAACACUAGAGACUCUAGGUGAAUGACCACUUGUCAAAUAAAACGGGGCAGUGGGUUUGAAUUGGAGACUGACGACCUGUCCGACCCCGCCCGCGCCAGCGUCUGCCCAUGGGCAUUUGCUAGCACAUGGCUAAUAUGUAUAUGCGGAUAUACAUGUACAUUGCAUUAUAGUGUGAUGCUCGUAUUGCUAUGUAAAGAUUUCUAUUGAUAUUUAUUGGAGAUAUCCCUGCCCCACACCCCCCCAAUUAGUCUGCCAUGGACAAGCUGCUUGGAGUUGGAGAAACUUCACUUUCCACAUCAUUUUCUUUUUUCCACCCCUCCUCCGCUGCUGAGCAUCAGUUUCUGAGCAAAGGAAUUAGUUGUAUUCGUUUUCAGGCCCGUAUAUUGAACUGUACGGGGUUUGUCAAAAACUCCACUCAUGUUCUGGAGACUUAAUGGGACAUCUUUGAUCUCUUGGCUAGAGAGCUCACUGCUGAAGCUUUGAGAAUGGCUCUCUUGUCAUUUCAAGUUUGAUAAUAUAUUUACUACUACAGUGCUAUUUGUGGCUGUGUCCCCCAUCUGCUCUGAAGGGCCCUAAGUGUAAUAUGAUAAUACUAUUAAUGUUUAAUUCCCAACUCUGGGCCUGUGCCCAGCUAGCCUUGGUCUGUCACGUCUUAGUGCCUUUGUUUCAGCGGCGCAGGCAUCGCACAAAUAGCCUAUGUAUUUGCUAAGAGGAAACUGCCCUGAACAGGUCCUAGAGUCCCCAAAAUGUGUUUACAACAAAAGUCAUACCUGCCAACAGAAAGCUCUACGCCGCACUCCCCCGACUGUGUGCGACUGAAAUGCUUUUGAAUAGGAUUAUUAUUGUGUAUUUGAAUCCUGCACUAUGAGAUGCAGAUGGUAAGAUGGUGGUGAUGAUGAACACUACGUCGCUAGUGUUUUAUUAAGAGUACAGAAGCUGUGCCUACAUGGAUUCUUGCCGUGUUUUACCCAGUUUUCAGGGUCCUGUUACUCCCUUGGUUUUUCAAGGGGCCUUAUGUUGAAAAAGAUAUUUUUAUGCCUUUUAGUAUCCGUUUCACCAUGUUUAUGUUUUAUAAUAUUUUUCAUGGCUUCCUUGGCUCCACUUGUAAACUGUAAAUUAUGCGUUCUAUAGAGCUCAGUUGAAAAGAUGCCUCGGUACAUUAAUUAUUGUAAUUAUGAAGAGAUGUAGCCUUUAUUAAAAUGUUCUAUUUUUCAAAUUAGUAAAUGUCUUCCUAUGUAUUGUUUGUGUCUUGUGGUUGGGUAUUAUGUUACAUGGAUUUUCCUUCCUCUAAUUGGGGUGUGUGUGUGUGUGUGUGUUUGAGACAGACUUCACUGCACACACCCCGCUGUGUAGAGUGCAACUCACUGGAUCCGGUGAGAAAUCUGCCAGAUUUGCAUCCAUUAUCAGCUCUUAAUUUACUACAGGGACUAAAUUAAAACAUGCAGGAUUAAUUUAGCCA